UUGAAGAGCGACAUGAACAGACUGUUCUUGCUUUCUUUUGCCACGGUUUAAUAUACACUUUUAAAUCUGGGGGUUUAAAACACAUCAGGGGAUACAUGAUUUGAGGUGGCUCUACCGUAGUUCAGCAAAAGAUGGCGCUGCGGAGCCGCAGGACUUAUGGUGAUGAAUGCUUUGAGAAAUGGGAGUUUGUCAGCUCUGGGGGAUUCGGUCAAGUCUUCAAGGCCAGGCAAAAGGACUUGGGAAUUGAUGUGGCUAUUAAGAUACCCCAUGAUGGAUGUAGCUCCUCCAUGAUACUGCGUGAUGAGGCCAAGUAUAUGGAUAUGGCUUCCUUUAAGUUUGUGGUGAGCCUUUAUGCAAUGUAUCAGGGCUGUCCGCCUGGUAAACGACCAUCCACACAACAGGGAAUAGUGAUGGAGUUCAUGGAAGGAGGAUCUGUUCAGUCCCUGCAGGAGUAUCUCCACAGCCCUCCACAGUGGCCCCUGGUUUUCCGCUUGGCCCAUGAAGUGGCUCAAGGCAUGAACUUCAUCCAUAAAGAAAAUCUCAUGCACCAAGACCUUAAGCCAAGUAAUGUACUGCUGAAUGAUAACCUUAACGCCAAGAUAGCAGACUUUGGUCUGUCCAGAGUUUCCGCCAGCGCUUCGAACAGCAACAAAGAGACAGGGGCGAUUGGUGGCUCAUACAAGUACAUGCCUCCAGAAGCUCUUGAAUCAGCAUCAUAUGAACCUGUUCGUUCUUUUGAUGUAUACAGCUAUGGUAUCCUGCUCUGGACCAUUGCUACUGGUAAAGAUCCCUAUCCAUUGGGUAAUUACGAUCGUGUGGCAUCGAGUAUCCCUCAGGGGCACAGACCUUGCUGUAAGGAAAUUGAGCAGAUGAAGGUAGAUGGGCUGAAAGAACUAAUUCACCUCAUGAAGCGGUGCUGGGAUGGCAGUCCCAACCAGAGGCCUACCUUUAUACAGUGCCUGGACGUCACUGAGAAAGUGCUCUCAAUGCACAGCACGGGAAUUCAUGAUGCCGUGGGUCAUUUGAAAAGACUGAUGUCAUCAAACAGCAAAACAUUAAACACAAGUGGGGUGACCAAUGUUUCCCUUCAGACAGCAGAAGAGUCAACAAAUGAUUCUGUGGACUUUGGCAGGAUUACAGAAACUGGAAGGUCUUUCAACCAGGUCUGUGCUUCUACUAAAACAAUGGGCAUUAAAGAUAAAGCAAAGUUUGUUGAUCACAACCAGGCAACGUUGAUUCAAGACGUUUCAGAGGUAAUGGCAAUAGCCGAGGCGCUUGGAGACAUGGUCCACCGUGAAGCCUUAUCCCAGAUUGGAAGAGAGGACACAACAAGCCAUUAUAAAAUGAGAGCGCUUUAUCAUGGGCCUCUACGUUCAGGGGGCGAUAAGGUCAAGGCAGCCUUCUACGACGCCCUCAAGGCUCAACAUCCCCACCUAGUGGAGAGGCUUGGCGGUUAAUUCUGAAUACGCUGUGGCCGUGCGCAUUCCCCUCCCCGCAGGUGCAGAUUACUUUGCAUGCCUCACCUACUUUCAUCUUUUGUAAAAAAGUUCAUAUAUUUUAUGCUUUUAUAUAUUGUUGAGAUUUUAUAAAACUUUUAUACUCUGUAACAUAUAAAGUUUUACAUUUAAGGAUCUUUGAAAAAUUGUUCUAAUAAACAACUGUUUAU